AGUCAGAAGGAGCAGCUGUGGGCAAUAGGAACCACCCAGGGAGGCGGCAGCUAGUGUCAAUGUCAGCGGAUAGCAUCCCUACAAGAUUCCCUCAUCCAACCUCUUGGAACGCGCGGGCCGUGACCUGUCGUAGGAUUCUUGUAUGUCCCAGCUAAGGAGAAUCAUGGAGGAGAAUCAUCAGGAAGCUGGGAAAGAGAGUAAGCCUUCCUCCAUGUCAGUGGAUCUGCAGGGGGACAGUCCCUUACAGGUGGAGAUUUCUGAUGCAGUGAGUGAGCGGGACAAGGUGAAGUUCACUGUGCAAACCAAGAUGGGGUCUCAUGCAGGUCUCUGGGCUUCCAGAGUGGUCUCCCUCACUUUGCCCAGCCUGAGUUCUCAGUGGUUCGGCAGCACGAAGAGUUCAUCUGGCUACACGACACCUAUGUGGAGAAUGAAGAGUACGCCGGCCUCAUCAUUCCCCCAGCCCCUCCCAGGCCAGACUUUGAGGCUUCACGGGAAAAGUUGCAGAAGUUGGGUGAGGGUAACAGCUCCAUCACCCGGGAAGAAUUCGCCAAGAUGAAGCAGGAGCUAGAAGCGGAGUACUUGGCCAUCUUUAAGAAGACUGUUGCGAUGCAUGAAGUCUUCCUGCAGCGCCUGGCAGCCCAUCCCACCCUUCGUCAGGACCACAACCUCUCUGUCUUCUUGGAAUACAGUCAGGAUCUGAGCGUUCGAGAGAAGAACAGGAAGGAGGUCUUGGGAGGGUUCCUGAAGAGCAUCGUGAGGUCUGCAGAUGAAGUCCUCAUCACCGGCAUAUCAGGGCUCAAGGAGGUAGAUGACUUCUUUGAGCAUGAGAGGACCUUCCUGGUAGAAUACCACACCCGAAUCCGGGACACCUGCCAGAGGGCCGACCGUGUUAUGCACUCCCACAAGUGCCUGGCAGACAACUACAUCCCUCUCUCUGCUGCACUGAGCAGUCUCGGAACCCAGGCGGUCAACCAACUGAAGAGGAGCUUCCUGAAGCUGGCAGAGCUCUUCGAACGACUGAGAAAGCUGGAAGGCAGGGUAGCCUCUGACGAGGACCUGAAGCUGUCUGACAUGCUGAGGUACUACAUGCGAGACUCACAGGCAGCCAAGGACCUGUUGUACCGGAGGCUUCGGGCACUGGCUGACUAUGAGAAUGCUAACAAGGCACUGGACAAAGCUCGGACUAGGAACCGGGAGGUGCAGCCGGCAGAGAGCCACCAACAGCUGUGCUGCCAGCGCUUCGAGCGCCUCUCUGACUCCGCCAAACGGGGUGAGACCCGAAGGCUGGCAUCACCCCACAGUAAACAGCCACCCUUGCCCUUACUCCUUUCCGUUUCUCUGCAGAGCUCAUGGACUUCCAGUCUCGCCGGGUCUCCUCUUUCCGGAAGAAUCUCAUUGAGUUGGCAGAGCUGGAGCUCAAGCAUGCCCGGGCCAGCACCCUGCUUCUCCAGAACACCCUUGUUGCCCUUAAAGGAGAGCCUUAGUGAAAUCAGCUGCUGCUCUCCAAUGGCAGCUGUCCUCAGUCUCCUACCCACUCCCUGCAAAAGAGCCCCCUUCCCUCCCAUGGUGGCCACUAUCCACACCCUUACUCUUCCUUGGGCAAAUCCAGGCCCAAAGGCAGUUAGUUGGCUUUGCCUGACAGGGCAGCACGGGGGACACAUGGGACACUCGGGAGGGACCUAGCCCUCCUGACAGGCAGACUGAGUCAAAGCUUCACACCUCCAUCCAGCCACUGGGUUUUGAAGAGUUCACUGGCAUCCCCACCUGCUCCUUACAAAUAAACAGCCCUGUUUUACUGCCAGGAGUCCACUUGCCUUUCCUUCCCACAAGACCUGGAAACCACACGACCUCUCCUCUAUUAAAUGGCAGGUUCAUGCUUCUGGGAUUUGCAUCACCCUCAGUCCUUGCAAGGAGUUUCCCAAUCUGUUGUUAUAGCUCAGAGGUAGUAUGGUUGACGACCAUGCAGAAGGCCCUGGGGCUCAGCGCCCAGUACCACAGAAAAACUAGUGUCCUUCCUAUGUCUGUCUUCUUAUACCAAACAGCAUAAAAUGGGCCAGCCUUAAUGGCUCUGUGGUCUUCGUUAAGAAUUCAAAGCAACAUGUAACAUAAAACCUCAAUAAAGAAAAAGGCAGUGGUAACGAACACCUUUAAUCCCGGCACUCAGGAGGCAGAGACAGGCUGAUCCGAGUUCAAGCCCAGCCUGACCUACAGAGAAACCCUGUUUAAAAAACAAAAAAGAAUUCCCUCCACCCUUGCUAUCAAAAGAGAACAGUCCCUUCCUGCAACCCUCCCAAAAUUGGGGCCAGGAAAGGAAUUGGGCUCUUCUGCCCUAGAGUACCAGCUUUUCCAGCCCUUAGGCCAGAAUCCACAGAAUCCAAGCUAAGGGCUCUAGCUGGGAAACAGUAGGUGGGGCAAGACACCUGGGUCUGAAGUCCCAGACUCCACCUGCUGACCCACCCUAAAUGGACUCCAGCCCCAAGUACAGGAGGCCAAAGGCUCAAUUUAGCACCUCAUAGCACCACUGAACCUGGCAGCAGGGUAAGCCAACACCUGAGGGAGAGAUCUAAGGGAACCUUAAAACUCAAUAGAUCACCUGAGUGAACUGUAUUUAGCCCACAGGUAGAAAAGGGGUCAGGGCACCUCACUGUCCACUAUAAAGGUCCAUUAGCAAGAAGUUUCAGGUGUGAUACACUGUGGGCCCAACUGCCCUAUUACCUUGGCGCUAACUGUAGCACGCCACCUCAAAAAGGAGAUGCAUUUGCCAGGGGCUGAGCUAGGGGUGCAGCACGGGAAAACAAACCGAUACAUCUCUCAUCACAGGGUCUCCAAGAUCCCAAACCCAAAAGCCACAUUGUUAAUUAGCCUUUUUAUUGUGUUUUUUUUUUUUUUUUUAAAUUGAAGGUCCCUUACUGGUCCUGCUUCCAUGAGUGGCCAAGAUCAAGGGAAAGGGGAGGGCAACCAGCUGGUGUGUGUGUGGGGUCAUUUCCACAGUUCAUUUACACACAGAACUAAACAGACAAGCACAGAGUCACUGUCGUGGUUAGAAGUUGGCAGCAUGGGAUGGGACGGAUGAGGAGUAGGGGUGUCGUUAAAAAA